AUGAAGAUCCAUCGAUCGUCGAUUUGGGCUUUCCCAGGCCCGGUCACCGGGGUUCCAGGGGCCAGGCCCGGUUUGGCACCCCUCCAGAGAGGCCAUGAGGCCGCAUGGUUGAAUGGGCUGAGGCUGUUGGGUUCGGCCUAUUUGGCUUUCCUCUUCUUCCAGCUGGUGUCGCACAAGAAGACCCUAGAGAAUGAGGAGGGUGAAUUGACGCUUGGCCGGGCUUCAGACGAUCGGCCGCCCUUGGCGAUUUGGGUCUCCUUGACGAUGAUGAUCGUCAUUACGGGCAUCACCGACCUGAUCUCCGACUACCUUUGUGAGUCCAUCAACGGGGUCACCGAGAACAUCAACGUGGACUUCCUGGGCACCAUCUUGCUGCCCAUCGCCGGCAACGCCUGUGAGCACCUGGGUGCCGUGCGCUUUGCUAUGGACGACAAGCCUGGCUUGGCGGUCGGCAUUGCCAUCGGCUCAUCGACUCAGGUGGCACUCUUUGUGGUGCCCUUUGCAGUGAUCGUGGGUUGGUGGGACGUCCCGAUGACGUUGGACUUCGGCCCGGUGAACACGGCCGUGAUUUUCUUCUCCGUUCUACUGGCCACCGUCCUCAUGUCGGAUGGCCGAUCCCAUUGGUUGAAAGGCCACCCGUGCACGAGUCGUCCCGUCGCGUUCCGUGUGAGUCCGACGAGUCGUCCAGCCGGGCGGGGCUCGGUCCUCUUCUUGGUCCGAUCAAAGACACUUAUGUAG